AGGGGGCAGGAUGGAAUUUCAGAAAGAUUUACAAUGCUCCAUUUGCCUGGAGGUUUUCCAUUCUCCAGUGACCACAGAUUGUGGCCACAGUUUCUGCAGCGACUGUAUCUCAAAAUACUGGGACCGAGAGAGCAAUGGCACCUACAGCUGCCCAGAAUGUAGACAUAACUUCUCCAGAAGACCUCAGCUGUCCAAAAAUAUCCGCCUGUGCCGGAUCAGUGAAGCCUGGAAACAAGAGAGAAACCAGAGAAAUCCUGGAGUGAGUCGCGAUCCCAGUCCUGGAGUGAGUCUCGAUCCCAGUCCUGGAGUGAGUCGUGAUUGCUGUUUAGAUCUGGGGAGAUUUUGCCAGGUACACCACAGGGAGCUGAAAUUGUACUGUCACACGGAGGGAGUCGCUAUGUGCAACCUGUGCAACCUGCAAGAUCAUCAAACACACCAGGUUGGACAGCUGGAGGAGGAGACAGAGCGAGCACGGGUAAUGAUCACCUCAGCAAA